GACUUAGAGAGAACAGCAACAAAAUGUUCAAGAGAAGCUCUCCAACCCAAAGAGGCUCAAGAAAAGGGUGCAUGAGAGGUAAAGGGGGCCCAGAGAACGCUUUGUGCACUUACAGGGGGGUUCGACAGCGAACUUGGGGUAAAUGGGUUGCCGAAAUCCGUGAACCCAACAGGGGGGCCAGACUCUGGCUUGGUACCUUCGAUACGUCCCGCGACGCAGCUAUUGCCUACGACUCUGCCGCUCGCAAGCUUUAUGGCAAGUUCGCUAAACUCAACUUGCCGGAAUUAUGGACCGAAGCCGAGUCCCAAGCUGGAAGCAUCAGCGAAUCGGUCCCAGUCCCCGUUCCUUCUUCCACCACCACCACCCAGCAGGCUGCUGAAAGCCUAUUGAAAGUUGAACCGGAAAUGGGAUCGUCAUCGGAUGGGAAUAAUCUAGUAGAGGAUGGGAUGGAAGGAAUUUGGAGAGACAUGAAUUUGAGCUUAUUGCCAGAGAUACAAGAAUUUCCCUGGAUGGAACUGCCGACGACCACAAUGGAAUUUCCGGUGGUGAUGAAAGACCCAGGGAUUUGGAGUCAGGAAUUGUUAGAUGAUACGACGGGUUGGAACGCCCUGGAGCUGCCAUGGUGAUUGGUCACCUGUAGCA